AUGCGAUCGUUUGCGGUGUUCGUGGUGUCGCUGGCCGUUCUGGGCUGCCAGGUGCAGGGUCAGUCGCGAUCGGCUGCCGAUGUGGCGCAGGACAUCUACCGGUCCUGCCUCACCAGCGAGCACGGGCUGAAGUGUGCGAAGGUGAAGGCACUCGCCUGGAUGGCCAGCGUAGCCGAACAGGAUGAAAUCGCGAUCACCGACUCGAUGACGGUCGUGCGCACCGGCACGGAAGAUCCGGAAGCUCCCACCGAGGUUCCGGCCGACCACCAACAGCAACGUGCGUACGGUGCCGUUCAAAUGCUGAACAAAAUCGACAGCUUCCUGGCGACGCACGCCCUCAAGCUUACUCCACCGUCCGUGCUGCGAUCGGAAGAGGCCCGCGCCUACAUUCCGGAGUCCCUGCGCCAGGGCGGACUCGCCGACGACCUGGUUAUCCCACUGACUGAGGGAAAUGUUGCAGAAGGACGCGGCUUUGUGAAGAAAGUCAUGCUUCCCUUCCUGCUCGGCAUCAAGUUCAAGUCGACCGUCCUGGUGCCGCUCGCCCUCGCCCUGAUCGCGCUCAAGACGUGGAAGGCCAUGACGCUCGGUCUGCUCUCGCUCGUCCUGUCCGGCGCGAUGAUGAUCUUCAAGUUCGCCAAGCCGAAGAUCGUCAACUACGAGGUCGUGCACUACCCGCCGCCUCACCACGUCCACCACGUCGAUCACCAUGUCGAUCACCAUGCCCCGCACGUCCACUGGGACGCCCCGCCGGCGUGGAAGAAACGCUCGCUGGACGCGCACGAGCAGGCGUACGCCGGCCAGCUCUAA